AUGUUCCCCGUCGACUGUCUACCCUCCCACUACGUCGAGGCUCGCGCAGAGCAAGAAAAGGCACUGCAAAAAGCAGCCGCCGAAAAGAAACCCACACACCUCACUCAAUCCAUGCCGCAACGACCUACUAUGUCGCACACUCUGUCGUCGGCAUUCUUGAGCUUCUUCCCCUCGUCAUCGGCAGCUACUUCUCCUUCGGCUACACCUCUGCCUUCGCCUGGUCUGCAGCAGUCUGCUAAGAUGAGUUGGUUUGCUCCUUUGCCCAAGGCUUCUGAGUCGGACAUUACUUGUCUUCCUCCUGCUUGGUCUUAG